AUGUCGAACAACAACGGUGGUCUCCUCGGCGGUGUCUUGGGCGGCGUUGACAACGUCCUCACCGGAGGCGAGCAAGCAAAGGGCCAGGGCGGUCUCCUCGGAGGAGUCACUGGUGCCGUCGGCAACACAACCCAGGGCCUCGGCAAGGGCUUGAACCAAACUACUCAGGGCCUGGGUAACGCCGUUGGUCAAACAACAGAAGGAGUCGGCCGAACUGUCGGCGGUGUAGGCAACCAGGUUGGCAGUACGGUGGGCGGAGUUACGGGAGGCCAGCAACAGGACAAGGGCUUCAAGAGCUACGGGAUCUAA